GCUAUACUGUACCGGGAAGGCAAGAAAAAACAGCUGAACAACUUAUCAAGUAGAUUUUUAGUUGGACGAAACACUUCAAUCUCAUAGAAUGACUCCAUACUGCACAAAAUAAGAGAGGAUGUAUCGGCUGUAGAUCCUGCUUCAGUCUCGGUGGCGCUCUGCAGACAGGAUGCCGUACCACUGUGUGGCUUAUGGAUGUGGCAAAACUGCUGAAGAUGGUGUGACGCUGUUCAAAUUCCCCAAAGAUUCCGAGGAGUUUCACAAAUGGGAGAAGCAGGUCCAGCGCACCCGCAGCAAGUGGCUCGCCACACCCAACUCUCACCUCUGCAGUGAGCACUUUGGCAAGGAGUACUUUGAGCCCAAGGCACCCACGGGGGCUCUGAAGCUGAGGCCGGGAGCUGUUCCCACAGUGUUCGUCCGUCCUCACUGCUCCUCCUGCAACGGAGCUGGUUGUAGUAAGUGCCUGCCUGCUAUCCAACGACGGGGCAUUGCGGCUGAGCCAAGAGAGCGUAAAAGUACUGCAGAUUACAAUGAAAUGGCGCCCUUACAGUCUGAUGACAUGGAUGCAGGAGGUGAGGAUGGACAUCGCCCAGGAGGAGGGGUGAAGCCACGGGGAAACCCCACAGAAGAACGAGUGGUGUGUGAGAUGUGUGGGACCGCCGGCACUAGUAGCACAUUCUUUUCGAAGAGCAAGCGUUUCUGCAGUACAUCCUGCUCACGCUCCUAUUCAUCCAACUCCAAGAAGACCUCCAUACUGGCACGUCUUCAGGGAAGGCCGUCAAAAAAAGGCACAGUGGUGAACAAGGUGCAGAAAGCCCCUCCGGCUCCUGUGUUACUGGAUGCAUCUGCUGUGGGUUUUGAGUGGGGCGAGUACUUGGAUAAAGAAACAUCUCUGGCUGCUUCUGUCUCCUGCUUCAGACACGUUCCUCUGUGUGCUCAGUGGGACGACAUCGCCGUAGGAAUGAAGGUGGAGGUCCUGAACACUAACGCUGUCCUGCCCAGUAAAGUUUACUGGAUCGCUACUGUCAUCCAGGUAGCAGGAUACAAAGCCCUGCUGAGGUACGAAGGCUUCGAGCACGACAGCAGCCGCGAUUUCUGGUGCAGCCUCGUUUCAGGAGAGCUGCACCCGAUCGGAUGGUGCGCCAUGACCAGCAAGCUGCUGGUGCCUCCACAAGAUGUGAAUCAGAACAUCCCAGACUGGAAAGAAUAUCUGAUGAAGAAGUUGGUGGGAGCCUACACACUACCUGUUGACUUCUACAUGAAGCUGGCGGAGAGCAUGAAACACUCAUUCAGAAUCGGCAUGCGCGUGGAGGUGGUGGACUCCAAAUACGUGAGCCGGACCCGCGUGGCCCUCAUAGACACUAUCAUCGGCGGCCGUCUGCGUCUGGUGUACGUAGACCAAAGCGACUCUCCUGAGAAUAUCAUCUCCGAUUUCUGGUGCCACAUGUCGAGUCCCCUCGUGCACCCGAUUGGCUGGUCCAACAAAGUGGGUCAUGACAUUAAAGCACCUGUGAGCAGUGCAGAAGCUGCUGCCAGUGGUUUUAAGGGUAACAGUGAUAGCACAUUCCUGCUCUUUAAAAAGCCCAGGAUCGUCUACAUGCAGGGAGAUUUCUUUGAGGAAGGAAUGAAGCUGGAGGCCAUCGACCCUCUAAACAUGGGGACCAUCUGUGUGGCCACUGUGCACAAGGUGCUGUUGGAUGGCUACCUGAUGGUUGGUAUCGAUGGCACCAUAUCAAACAGCGGCUCUGACUGGUUUUGUUACCACGCCUCCUCUCACGCCAUCCUUCCUAUAAACUACUGUAAGAAGAACAAAAUCCCUCUCACCGUGCCUCAAGGUUAUGACUCCAAGACCUUCUCCUGGGACAAAUACCUGAAGGAGACCAAAGUUAAAGCUGCACCGACACACCUGUUCAACACUGACUACCCAGGUCAUGGUUUCUCCGCUAACUUGAAGCUGGAGGCAGUGGACCUCAUGGAGCCGCGCCUGGUGUGUGUGGCCACCGUGAAACGCUGCGUGGGUCGACUGCUGCUUAUCCACUUCGACGGCUGGGAGGACGAGUUCGACCAGUGGGUCGACCACCAGUCUCCGGACAUCUACCCCAUCGGCUGGUGCGAACUCACAGGCUACCAGCUCCAGCCGCCCCCUGGACUCGCUGAUGCAGCCGAAAACCAAACACCACGGCACAAGACCACCAAGCCAUUUAUUUACGGGAAAAAGAAAAAAAGGAAUUCAAAGAAGAGACUCUCUCACGACCUAAACAAGGAUGAUGAUGGUCAGCAUCCUGAGGUCACUAGUGACAGUCCUCCACGGUUGGUAGGCCUCAGGCCUCAAGCAGAGCUGCCCCCCAUCCAGCCCAAAAGUGAGCCAGAGGAACAGGAGAUCUUUGCGGUGCAGGUUAAAGUGGAGGAGGUAGAGAUGGAAAUGGAGAUCCCCAACGGUACUCCAGAUAACCCUCAACAAGUCUCUCUGAGUACAGUCAAACAAGAGAAAGUGGGGAAGGAGGGAAGCAGAGUUGAUGGCAGGGAUGAAAUGUCGAAGAGCAAAACUAAGCAGAACACGACGGGAGAGGCUCAAAGAAUGGAGACAUGAGACGAGCGUGUCUGCUCAAAGAAUGCAGAGGAGAACUUCAGAGACUGGAUUACUCUGCCAUGGAGUAAGGUGAAGCCCAUGUGGCAAUAAAGGAAAGACUGAAAAAGACAAACAAAAGCAGCCUGGAAUAUAUUAAGAGCAACAUUAUGGGAGAGCCAGUGCAACUUUUAAAGUUUGUGGGUUUAAAUACUUAAUAGACUAUAAAAUCACAAUUCAUAUGGUUGCCAAGAAACACUAUAGCCAGUUUUGAAACUACCUCAUUUUCUAAUUAAGUUCCACAACAGACUGAUGCCAUUUGUGCAAAUGUGAUUGCUUUUGACGUUAGUUGAGUUGAACUCUUUAUAAUUAA